UGCUUAAACCCCUCAAAAAUCUAAUCUUUAGUUCUUCAUGUUUUGAUUCUUUAACUUUUUGUUUUAGCUUCAAAAUCCCUCUUUUAGAUUGCUGCAUUUGCUUUGCUGGAGUUAUUGGUUAAAAAAUUGUUUCCUGAUACACUUUUUUUGGUGUAUGCUAAUGUAAUGUAAUGUGCUUAAAUCCCUUCAAGAUCUCAUCUUUAGUUAUUCCUGUUUUUUAUUUUUUAAACUUUUUAUGCUAAACUUCAAAUCCCUAUUUUUGAUUGCUGCAAUUGCUUGUUUGAGUUAAUGGUAAUAUGCUUAGUUUGUUCUUUUUUGGGGUCUGAUAAUGUAAUGUGUGAUUAAACCUGUGUUGCUCGGAAUCUUCAAAAAUUUCAAUGAGUGCGUGCCGGAUACUCCAAAAAGUAGUGCAUUUUGGAGAAUCUGACAGGGGUGUGGCAACAAUUGGAGAGUCCGAGCAAUAUAGGCUUAACCCCUUCCAAGAUCUCAUCUUUAGUUCUUCCUGUUUUAAUUUUCUAAUUUUUCUUGAGCUUCAAAUCCCUGUUUUAGACUGCUGCAUUCUCUUGCUUGAGUUAACGGCAAUAACUAUAGUUCAUGUUACUCUUGUGUUUUGCCGGGGGCUGAUGGAUCUGAAUGCAUCCAUCUUACAGUAGACUAUGGGCUCCAGUUAGACAUUUUGAAUCUUUACAUCCUCUUGCAAAUCGGAGUGGAGAUUAUGCAGCUCCUGAAAUGCAACCAACUGGAUUCAUCUUUGUCAAGAUACGUGGGGGUUUCCAUGAGAUUAGGAAUGCGAUUUCUGAUGUUGUUGUAGUUGCGAGACUCCUCAACGUUACCCUGGUCAUUCCAGAGAUCCAAUCAACCACAAGCAGCAAAGGAAUAAGCACUCAGUUCAAGAGUUUCCCGUACCUCUAUAAUGAGGAUCAGUUCAUAGCAGCACUAGCAAAAGAUGUCAAAAUUGUAAAAACCCUUCCAAAAGAUCUGAAAGGAGCGAGGAGAAAGAAAGAAAUUCCUUCAUUUAAAGUUCCCCAUGGGGCAUCCCCAUAUUUUUACCUGCACCAUGUUCUUCCUAUGUUGACUAAGCACUCUGUGGUUGAGCUUCUUGUUCAUAGUGGUGGAUGCUUGCAGUCUAUCCUGCCUCCACCACUUGUUGAGUAUCAAAAGCUGAGAUGCAGGGUUGCUUUUCAUGCCUUACGGUUCAGAGAGGAGGUCCAAAAUCUCGCUAUUAAAAUCUUGAAUAGAAUAAGAGCUUCAGGACAACCAUUUAUUGCCUAUGAUCCGGGGAUGACCAGAGAUGCUUUAGCAUAUUAUGGUUGUGCAGAACUUUUUCAGGAUGUACAUACUGAACUCAUCAUGCACAGGCGUGCAUGGAUGAUAAAACGUGGAAUUCUGAAGGGGAAUCUUUCUUCAGAUUCAGCAGAACAAUAUCGUAAUGGCUUGUGUCCUCUCAUGCCUGAAGAGAUUGGUAUUCUCCUUCGAGCAUAUGGUUACUCAUCCGACACUAUCAUUUAUAUAUCUGGCGGAGAGGUCUUUGGUGGGGUGAAGAAGUUAAUUCCACUGCAUGCUAUGUUUGAGAAUGUUGUUGAUAGGACUUCCUUAAGCUCUCCUCUGGAGUGGGAUAAAGUAUAUGGUCAGGAGGCAAACCUUGUUGACCAAUAUUCAAUACCUCCACCUUCAGAUAAUGUGGUCAUGAGAUCACACGCAUGGAAAAAUUCUGGCCCACGACCUCGUCCACUACCACCUCCCCCAGCACGACCGAAGAUGUACAAUGUUGAAGGUUGGUGGGGUUGGGUAGCCGAGAGUGACGAUGAGCCGGAAAGUACCAUCAUGGAGUUGAGAACUAAUGCUCAUCGGUUACUGUGGGAAGCAAUUGACUAUAUGGUUUGCACUGAAGCAGAUGUAUUCAUCACUGGAUUUGACCGUGAUGGUAAAGGAAACCCAAAUCUUGCUAGUUUGGUUGUGGGUCAUAGACUGUAUCAGUUUCCUGCAUCUAGAACUUAUGGUCUGGACAGGAAAGAAAUUGCCAAACUUUUUGAGGAGAUUCGCGAUACUCUUUAUCAACCCAACCACACCUGGAUAGCCUCACUGCGCAAACAAUUAAGAAGAAGUUUAAUCGAUGGAUUGUUGGAGGAAUCCAAAAUAUCCAAAUCACGGUCUUUUCUUGCAUUUCCAGUUCCUGAAUGUUCUUGCAUUGUAAAUGAUUCCAUGAAGAGAUUAGUCAACAAUUCAAGCCCUAUGCCAAAAUAUGAUAUUCCAGUGUUUUCUGGACAAAUAGACCAAUGCCCUUCUUGGAUGAAUGUCCCCACUUCUUCUCAAUCAACGGAAGAAACAGAAGAGGAAAAUGACAAAGAUGAUUCUGCCUCCUCGGGUCUGUUCUUGUGGCUGGGUAAUGGCGAUCAAGAAGGUGAUAGCGGAGACAUUAGCAACAAAGAAGAAGCUCUUGUGGAGGAUCAAGAAGAACUCGAAGGAGGAGAAAGAUAGGAAUAGAGAACCAACUUGUCAGAAAAAGAAAAGAACAACUCUCGCUAACUGCAUUGGUCUCUUUUUAACAACACAUGCAGACUAGGGAAGCUCGUACGACUUGAGGUAAGCUUAGCUAGACCAACAGCUGCUCCAACUGACAUUUCUGAUUGUUGGGAAUCCAAUUUUCACAGAAGAACAGUUGUAGUUUAGGGUGACACUUGAUUUCUGGUAAUCUGGAUACAAAAUGGAAGCUGGUGGUGUAAAGUAUUUCACAAUUGUGUAGAGCUAGUUAAACAGGAAAGAGUUUAAGUUCUACGCACCGUCGAUGUAAAAAAUAUUUACACAAUCACUUCACAUGAUGAGAGUAGGAUUGUAGUAAGUUAUAACUCUUAUUGAUUCUGCUCUAUUUUAUGAUAUUUUUAAGGUCCUGUAUUUGGGACUUAUUAGCAUAUUA